GGUCUUAUAGAUGUCGUGCGUCCGCAGAGUAAACGUUAGCAGCUGUAUCGGAAAGCAACCGAACUCCCGUCUCCCUCGCCCGAGAGAGCCAAACGCCUCGCAUCCCCAUGGACGACAUGAGAUCGAGGUCCUUCCACGACGGGAUGAUGCAGAUGGAGGCGUACGGCCGCCGGUCAUCAUCGGCGGCUCCGCCGGGACUGCACGACCUCAGGAGCUACAGCGCCACCUACUCCUACUCCUACAACGGCGGCGGGGGAGGCUACGGGCCUGACGACUUCAAGACCAAGACCGCGCGCCGGGGGUCGUCUUCCUCCACCAACGGAGGCGGCGGCGCCUGGUGGGGUUUCAGCGACCCCGAGUUCCAGCGGAAGCGGCGGGUCGCUUCCUACAAGGCCUACUCCGUGGAGGGAAAGGUCAAGGGAUCCCUCCGACGGAGCUUCCGGUGGAUCAAGGACAGGUACACCAGGGCCGUCCACGGCUGGUGACGGAUUGCUCUCUUUAUUGGGGUCGUAAGCAGAUGCAUUAGCCAAAGCCCUUGUCUCUGUGCAAAGUGGUCCCGUCGACUCUAGAGCAUCAUCGCAAACAAACUAUACUCUUAAUUGCAUGUAAUUAUGCUAUAACUAGUGUGUCUUAAAUGACUUUCUGUUGCCUAUCUGUGCUUUAUCUAUCAACACAAGUCACAGCUGUGAAGUUGUUGAUGACAUUUAUGCUUCAUUUAUGUUUUGCCUGCUCACUCUGCUCUGUUCUAUCACAGAUUUUAUGUUUAAUCUGCAAAGUAAUAAUCUUAUAAGACAAUCAGAAACUUUCAUGA